AUGAACUGCCCCUCGCAAGCCGAUUCCAUCUACACAGAGGGCUGGAACCAGAACCCAGAUGCCCUCAAUGCCGACGCAACGACGAGGGCUGACCUCAACCAUAUAGCAAAUGCCAAACUGCAAAGAGAUUACAGAAUAAACCCUGUGGACGCGCUUUUGAUUGAUAACUGGCACAUGACGAUUUGUGAGCUCGCUAGAGGGGCUUUAGCAGUCUUACUCAAAUAUGCAAGAUUCAUUGGACCUGGCUUUAUGGUCGCUGUUGCAUAUAUCGAUCCUGGAAAUUAUGCGACUGAUGUCGCUGCCGGUGCUUCUUUCAGGUUCAGACUAUUGUUCAUCGUGUUAAUGUCCAAUAUUUUCGCGAUCUUCCUCCAAUCCUUAUGCAUCAAGCUAGGCUCCGUCACGGGAAUGAACCUUGCUGAGAACUGCAAGGCUCAUCUCCCGUCGUGGCUUAACUAUGUUCUUUACUUCUUUGCAGAGUCCGCAAUCAUUGCUACCGAUAUUGCAGAGGUUAUUGGCACUGCUAUUGCUCUUAAUCUCCUCUUUAAUAUCCCUCUUGUCGCAGGCUGCGCUAUAUCCAUUGUCGACGUGCUCGUCAUUCUGAUGUUUUACCGCCCUGCUGGUACAAUGCAUUCUCUAAGAGCCUUCGAGUUCUUCGUGGUACUCUUAAUCCUCGGCGUCGUUAUCUGUUUCUGCUUUGAACUCACCAAAAUCAAAGCCUCUGUUGGAGAGGUCUUCCGUGGCUACCUGCCUUCUUCUGCCCUAGUCCAGUCACAAGCUCUAUACCAGUCUUGUGGUAUCCUUGGGGCUACUGUCAUGCCUCACAGUCUUUUCUUAGGAAGCGGCAUUGUCCAGCCGCGUCUACGCGAAUUUGAUAAGAUUAACAGCACAGCUGAAAUACUCGAGACGGGCUCUAUCAACGACCGAAUCAAAUACAGGCCCUCUUUGGCUGCCAUUCAGUCAUGCAUGUCAUACAGCAUUGUCGAACUAGCAGUCUCCCUCUUUACUUUUGCCCUUUUCGUCAACAGCUCCAUCUUAAUCGUCGCUGGGGCAUCUCUCUACGGCCGUCCCGAAGCCGACAACGCGGACAUCUUCUCGAUUCAUAACCUUCUUUCUCAAUCUAUUGCACCUAUUGCCGGUACCUUGUUUGCAUUAGCCUUGCUACUGUCUGGUAUUUCAGCCGGCAUCAUUUGCACAAUUUCCGGUCAAAUGGUUUCAGAAGGCCAGCUCAACUGGUCACUCAGACCAUGGCUCCGUCGCCUUAUCACCCGUUCAAUUAGUAUCACACCUAGCAUCAUCAUUGCUGGUGCUGUUGGCCGAAAAGGACUUGGCAAAGCCCUCCAAGGCUCUCAGGUAGCGCUAAGCAUUAUCUUACCUUUUGUCAGCGCUCCCUUAAUUUGGUUUACGUGCCGGGGGAAGUACAUGAGAGUGGCUGUCCGCAAUGAUAAUAGGCCAGCUGGGGCCGAAGGCGAGGGAGAACGACACGUUCAGAUGAGGAAUGGUUGGGUUACUACGGUUUUUGGGCUCCUAAUUUGGGGUGUUAUUGUGAUUAUGAAUGUGGCACUCUUGGUGUUUGUUGGUAUGGGCGUUGCGUAA